AAUUGCCUAAAAAAAUCUUUCUCUCGCAGCCAUAUUAAUAUCGCAGAUCUCGGAAUCGAUACCUCGAACUCGACGCUCCGUCGACAUCGAGUCGCCGCUCUAUGUGUCACCCUACUCCGUGACGUAAGCUUCGUGGUCGCGCGCGCGUCGGCAGCGCCGCCUCAGUGAAACUUCGGCCGCAGUCGCGAGCGUUUCGGCGGUACUCGGGAGCCGAGCGAAUCAGUAGCUGAUGCGCGAUUUGACGCGAGAUUGGCGUACGAAGGGAGCAUCUCGCGGGCACAGCUGCGUAUGCGCGCGCGCGCGAGUGUGUUUUUGUGUUUGUGUGCAUCGUAGAGUGCGUAUAUACGUGUGUUAAAUUGUACCAUCGCGGUCGCUCCGUUCCACGGUUGAUAUGUUCAUGGACGUACGCGUGGUGAGCCGCGCUCUUCCUCGAGAGCUGCAUCCGUCAUCCAUGUAUCCGCGCGACGAUUAUUGGUAGCUCGCCGCUACCAUGUCGCGAAAAUAAUCGCGCCGGUCUCUCGCGAAGUGCGCGUCGUCUUGUCUCUCUCUCCCUCCCUCUUUCUCUAUCUUCUUUAUCUGCGCGAAAUCUGGAGAGGUAGUGGCCGGAUACACCGCUGCUCGAACCUUUCCUCGUUUCCCUGUCAUUCGCAUUCCUAUCUAUUUUCCUCUCCUUCUCUCUCUAUAUUCUAUACACUCCCCGUCUUUCUCUCUCGCUCCUAGUCACACCGGGGCGACAUUUCUACGGCGCGGAGAGACAAGGAAAGUGGACGACCAGGGUGAAGUGAGCGGCGGAGUGUCAAGUGCCGCGCGAAAAUUCUCAACGACGAGGAGAACGAGGAGGAAGCCUCGGUUGCAGCUGGGCGUUGGGGUGCAACUGACAGCAACUGACAGAAGAGGAGGAGAGAGAUAGAAGAUGCCGGGCCUAAUCGCCGUGAGCGAGUUCGUCGAGGAGACGAGGGAGGACUAUAACUCGCCCACCACGUCCACUUUCGUCUCGCGGAUGCCACAGUGCAGGCAGACCAUCACGUCCCUCGAGGAGACCUUGGACUUUGAUAGAGAUGGUCUCACGAAGCUGAAAAAGGCUAUCAAGGCUAUCCAUAAUUCCGGAAACGCUCACGUGGACAAUGAGGUGUACUUAGGAAGGGCGUUAGAGAGACUCGGUGAUGCCGCUUUAAAGGAACAGGAACCGGACAUAGGCGCGGCGUUCCUCAAAUUCGCGGUGGUCACUAAGGAACUCAGCGCCCUCAUGAAAACUCUGAUGCAAAACAUCAACAACAUCGUUAUGUUUCCGCUGGACUCGGUGCUGAAAGGUGACUUAAGGGGCGUGAAAGGGGACCUGAAGAGGCCCUUCGAUAAGGCCUGGAAGGACUACGAGGCCAAAUAUGCGAAAAUCGAAAAGGAGAAGAAGCAGCACGCAAAAGAGGCCGGUCUGAUUCGUACGGAAGUCACACCUGCCGAAAUCGCUGACGAGAUGGAGAAGGAGAGACGGUUGUUUCAGUUGCAAAUGUGCGAGUAUCUGAUCAAAGUGAAUGAGAUCAAAACGAAGAAGGGCAUCGAGCUGUUGCAGCAUCUAGUCGAAUAUUAUCACGCGCAAACAAAUUAUUUUCAGGAUGGUUUGAAGACCAUCGAACACUUCGGCUCGUACGUAGCCGAUCUCAGCGUGAAGCUGCAAAAAAUCAGGCAAACGCAGGACGAAGAAAGGAGACGGUUAACGGAACUCAGGAGUCUUCUUAGGAGUUCCGGAUGUGACAAGGAGUUGAACGCGAACGCGAACGCCGGUUACUCGCUGCAUCAGCUGCAGGGUGACAAGCAGCACGGCGUCACGCGUUCCGGCCACCUGCUGAAGAAGAGCGAGGGCAAGAUGAGGCGAGUCUGGCAGAAGCGACGAUGCGCCGUGCAGGCGGAGGGCUACCUCGAUAUCUGCCACGCGGACGAGAACAAGCCACCCACCAGGGUGAACCUAUUGACCUGCCAAAUCAAAUUGGUGCCGGACGACAAACGAGGCUUCGAUCUCAUCAGCUACAAUAGAACGUACCACUUUCAAGCGGAGGAUGAGGCAGACCAGCGUGCGUGGAUGUCGGUCCUGGUGAAUUGCAAGGAACGAGCCCUGUUGAGGGCGUUCGACGCGAGUGGCAAGGCGGAGGCCGGCAGCGGCAAUCCCAGCCUCGUCGAGCUGCAGCAGGCCGUCAUACGAUGCGUUAUGCGAUUACCCGGAAACGAUCAAUGCUGCGAUUGCUCCUCGCAGAACGACGCCACGUGGCUGUCGACGAACUUCGGCAUAAUAGUGUGCAUAGAGUGCAGCGGCAUCCACCGAGACUUGGGCGUGCACAUAUCGCGAAUACAAUCCUUGACGCUGGAUAACGUCGGCACCGCUCAACUGUUGCUCGCCCGACAUAUGACCAAUCAGGCGUUCAACGAGGUGAUGGAGGCGACGUUACGUCACAAUCUCAAGCCGUCGCCGACGUCGACGAUGGAGGAGCGGUACGAGUUUAUACGCGCCAAAUACGUGGACAAGAGAUAUGUGAUGAACACAUGCGCGGACGAGCGCGAUCUACUUUCCGAUUUGGAGCAUGCUGUUAAUAACCGUGAUCUGCAACAACUUCUGCAAGUCUACGCGGAAAACGUGGAUCUGGCUGCGCCGUUGCCAACAUCGGACAUAGGCGAAACGGCGUUACACUUGGCCAUUCUACGCGAGAUGGGCAGCAGUCUCCACAUCGUCGACUUCCUGGUGCAAAACAUGCCUAGCGGCGGCAUCGAUAGGGCGACUAUCGACGGGGAAACGGCGUUGCAUCUUUCCGCGCGACACGACAGAGCGGAAGCGAUGAAGCUGCUUCUGCGAGCUGGCGCGGAUCCCUCGCAUCGGAACAAACAGGACAAGACUCCGUUGGACAUUGCACAAGAAAUGGGACACCACACUUGCAAAGAAUUGCUCAGUCACGCUCUCCAGAGGCAAAAGACACUGUUUGACAAUGUAAACAUUGACUGGAAUCUCUCUCACGAUGAAGGUUCUACGGACUUUUCCGAUGACGAAACGAUAAUAGAAGACAGAAACGGAUGCCUGACACCUGAAAAGAAGUCACGUAGCAGACCACCGUCAUACGCCGGAGGCGGUGGAACUGGUGAUUCCCCGGUGACAUUACGCAGUCGGAGCAGCACCUGCGAUAGUUUACAAAGCGGAUCCUCUCCGAGCGCCUCGACGAAUCGCCAACAAAUGCCUCCACCGCCACCUCCACAGGCGAGAAAGCCUGUAGCUGUUCCCACUCCCAUGGCGCCGGACAUCUCGCUGAACAUCCACGGCUCGCUGAAGAAACGGAUAGCGCCGCCGCCGCCGCCGUCCACCGGAAAUGCCGCUACGUCGUCGCACUACGGUACGCUACCCUUGUCCACGUCGACGCACAGUCGUACGACCAGCGAGCCAAUUUUAGCCGGCCACACUUUACACACUCUACCGCAUACGUUGAACACACUAAAUAGCCAACAUCAUAAGAGAUCACCGAGCGGCGACUCGUCGACCGGACACGGUAUGGACAAGGUGAACAGCUCGACGUUGCAGAGACCACGAAAUCCACCGCCUCCAGCGCCGUCCGGUGUCACGUCCAGACUCAGCAACGGACGGAGCAGCGAAUCCCUGAGUUCCAUGUGCUCAGAUCAUGGUCUAGGCAACCCGAUUCCGCCACCGCGAAAGCGAAGGGACCGGUCCAGGCUAGAGAGCUACGCCGAGGAGCCUUCAUCUUUGCUCCUAAAUCUGAAUCUGGUAAACAUCAGCCAUCCCACAUUACCCAGCAUGUUACACUUGAAAUUACCUGUUUUUGGAGACGUAAUCUUGAAAGAAAAAAAUAUGCAAUCGUAUCUCGUCGCAAUAAUUGACGAUAAAAUUUAUAAAUGCUGUAUCAUUUUGAUAGAUUGCUCUAUAUCUGCGGAUGAUAUUUUCAAGUGUAGCACUGUUUUGCAUGAUCAGUUCGUAUCAUCAUUUGUAUAACGUCAAGGCUUCGGGUGUGUUAUUUCCGCGUGAUAAUUGUAUUUCGACCUUGUCGCCAGCUGGAGAUAUUCCUUAUCGGUUAAGAUACUACUCGAUCAUAACAGUGAUAUGAAUCUUUCUCUUUCACAAGAACUAUAAAUAACUCUGUAUAUUGCCUUCUGACUGUUGACAACAUAAAAUGCGUUGCAUUGUGUGCGAAUUAACAUCUACAUUUUUUUCUCGACUGAUUAUAUCAGUCCUGUCUGAUUCGAUUUAAUCUACAUGUGACUUUCUUAAUAAAAAAAUUAUAUUCUCUUUUCACGACUCUUGAUUUACAAUUUAUAUAUUUAGGAAGUCGUUUAAAUGUGAAAUAUAACUGUAAAUGUACUGAUUCUCGCAUGGAUUUCCCCGAAUGGUUUGGCAAAUAAUUGAAUGCAUCCGUUAUAUUACUUCUUCGUGAUAUGUCCCCUUUAAAACUCUUACUCUAAUAAGCUACUCGAAUAUUAAAAAUCGUAUAACUAGCAUGAGCUCGAUGUUUCAUAUUGGAAAUUCUAGAACUUUUUUUUAUAUUCCACGUAUACUAUAUUAAAAAUAUCAUAGAAAUCUACAUCAAAAUUAUACUUUGUACAUCUAUAUUAAAAUACGUAUAUUUAUACUAUUAUUUAUUAC